CUCUUUUCAUAGAUGAUAUAUCCGUUGAAGUCUAUCUCUCCUACACUCACCUCAUUUUCAGAGAUUCACCCACGUGACCUUUAUCAGCAAUCGGUACUGCCAACACAUUCACGUUCCUGAACUCAGGAUGCACGACUUACUAAGAGAUUCACCAAGCUCACCGCCGCGGGAUAUACCUUCCAGCUUCGCCGCCUCAGAGGAUUAUUGGGAUCUGGAGGAGGCUGCUCGAGCAGGGAAUUUCGACCUCCUCCGAUCUGUAGCAUUUAACAGAGCAUGGUAUAUGGGCCAAAGCUAUUGCCGGAGUCAGGUAUCUAUUGAUUCUAGAGAGCCAUAUCUACAUUCUCUGUGGUACGUGCAUUACCAAUGCGCCAGACAUAUCUCCCACGAAAACUUUGAGCAAGACAGAUGGAUACUCGACAUCCUCCGGACGCGGGGACGCGGGCCCCUAACAAGGCCCGCACCGGGCGCUGGUAUUGAUAUUGCUAGAACUCCCGAUGGUACUGUCUGGAACGACCUGCCGUUCCUCGCGACGGAUAUGACAGAGUUUUGGAUCAAAGACUGUGCGGCAAUGGGCUCAAAGCAGCGUCUUAAUACUGCAUCCUUCCUUGCGAAGCUUGCGUCCACGCGUAUUGCGAACGAUCGGAUUUGCCAGAUUGCUCUGGUCCUUUUUCGUAAUAUAUUCGAGACCGAGCGUCCCCUUGGUAGCUCUAAUGAGCCCGACGACGAAGACCAUCGCCGUCCAAUGCAUAUGAUCACUAUUGCUUCGUUACUCCCAUCUGCAUGUGCUUGGAUCCGAGAAGCUGGGCAUAAUAUUAUACUCUUAUCCGAUGUCUCAUGGAAUAACUGCUCCAACAGUAUUAUUGGGAGAGGUGGCUUCACUUUUACCCAGUCGGAGCUAGGUCAACGAGCACCUGGUGGAUUUAGUCCCUGGAGAUGGUUAUACUGGCUUAAGCGGUUGCAUCAGAUUGCCGAUGAAGCAUUCAAAGCAGAUGAGAAGCUUCUUGCAGAGCAGGCCGCGACGGCAAUUGAAAUUAUGUUGAGUGAUGUCAAGGAGAGAAACUCUCAGAUUCUCAGAGUAUUUGAGAAAGCGGGCGAUGCUAUAACCCAGGAUAAGGAUUUCAUGGGCCUAAAGAAGAAAUGGUAGAUACAGCGCAACCAGACUUGAUCCUAUGUCCAAGGGCUACUGUUUUCUUUUU